AUGAACACCAAUGCAUCCGAGGAGCCUCCUCAAUGGAAUAGCGAAGCCAUGUUCCAACUACCCCCGUGGGGGGAGCCUCUUAUCGUAUUAACUAUCCUUGUCGGUGCGAUGAUAGCCACGCGCACAAGGGGAUUCCAGGUUUCCGACCGACCCCAUAAGAACCGCCUAUCGAUUCUUGACAAACCCCGUUGCACGGAGUCCGUAACUCAAUUCCUUAGCUAUGAUCCUAGGAGCGAAGAUGGUGAGCAAGACGCAAUUUCGGCUUCUAGCCAUCAAUGGAAAAAAAGAUACUGCUUCGGUAUGGUUAUUUGGACACCAAACACCUCCCGUUUCGCGGGGAAUCUGCAUAGCCGUGUGAUGCAAAGGUUUCCAUUCCUUGUUGAGAUGUUUUACUGGAUUUUUACCUACUUCUUCUACCGGAUGACAAAGCUGGUGUCCCAGACGGUUUUCUCCAAGACCGGAAUAUGGGAUGUGGCGCUGCAAAAUGGCCUUCGCGCGCUAGAAAUCGAACAGUCCAGCUGGUUGAGCUUCCUCUUCCCCUGGACAGAACACGACGUCCAACGGUGGUUCAUGCACGGCCAUCAAUCUUCAUUAACUGCUCUCAAUCGGUUUUACGCUCUCGCUCACAUCCCUGGGACAGUUGGGUUCAUUGCAUGGUAUUAUUAUAGCGCACCAUCCCACAGCGCUUUUGCCACCGUUCGCCGGACUCUCACGCUCACAAAUCUCCUGGCCUUCGUUAUAUUCACCUUCUAUCCAUGCAUGCCACCCCGACUCCUUCCACCGGAAUACGGAUUCGUAGAUUCUGUGCGCCGCGACAAUGCUCAGAGUAUCUGGAUGAGUGGGAACUACGUGAACUCGCUAGCUGCUAUGCCCAGUAUGCACUUCGGUUACAGCUUUUGCAUCGGAUGCGCAUUGCUGCACCAUGCAGGCAUAUUCCAGCGGACUUUGGAAAUGGGAGAUUCGAGGAAGACGACAUGUUGGAAACUUUGGUACCUUGCCCUCGCACUGGCUUACCCACUAUGUGUGCUUGCGGCAAUUAUAGCCACAGCCAAUCACUACUGGCUCGAUGCUCUUGCUGCGGUUGUAGUGGCAUGUGCGGCCUUCCUCUGCAACCGGGUCUUCCUUAUGCUACUGCCAGUAGAGGACUUGUUAUACUGGAGCCUGCGCAUGGAAAAGCCAACCCCAUCGACCGGGGAGCAGUUUCGUGGUCGUAGAGGCUUGAUAUGA